UCGUUCUUGUAUAUAGACUCUUCUUCUUCCCGCCCAUGUUCACUGUUUCGUUUCUCAUCCUCAUCGAACAUUCUUUCCUACUUUCGUUCUAUCAAACAACAGUCCAUUCGCUUUCUGAGUGUAAAGUCAUUCGCUUCUUUACUCUCAACUUAAUACAAACUUAGUUUUUUGUUUCCUCUACUUUCACUAGAACAAAGUAUCACUCUCACUCAAAAGAAAGAAUCCUCGUCCAUCAUUCAAAAUGAAGAACAGCGUUGCUAUCCUGGCCCUUGCCGCCGGCGUCAGCCAGGUCACUGCUACCGGCUGGAACAAGUUCCCUUCCUUCAACUGCCCCGAGAACACCGACAACAAGUGUGACGACAAGCAGAAGGAUGGUUUCUCCUGGGGUGACUUGAACACUGGAUCGUUCAGCAACUAUGGCGGUUUCGACUUCAAGGGCUGGACCUGCGGAAGCGAUUUCUCCAAGCGCGAUUCUCUCGCUCCCCGCACCUUCGGCAAGGGCAAGGUCAUUGAGGGCUCUUGCGGAAGCAAGAAGGAGACCUCUCCCUCCUUCGGCUGCGGCACCGGCACCAGCUCCCCUGAUAAGUUCUCCAUUGUCCACUUCGACGUCUCCGUCGAGUUCGACUGCGACCUCGAGUUCCACUACGACAUGCCCGAUGGCUCCAGCUGCAAGCACCGCUCUGCUUGCUCCAAGUCUGGAACCACUGUCAAGAACUCCCAGUGCGGUGGUGCCAAGAACGUCACCAUUGUCUACCCCGAGCAGCCCUCUAAGCCCAAGACCACCUGCGGUGUUGGCAUCCACACCAUCAGCUUCGACUGCAGCCCUCCCCAGACUGCCGUCCCCCCCAAGACCAAGACCAGCUCUUUCGCCAUUGCCACCACCCUGAGCACCAAGACCCACGACAAGCCCGUCAAGACCACCUCCGAGGCUGAGGCCACCUCCACCGCCGUUGUCCCCUCCGUCUCCAAGCCCUCCAAGCCCGUUGAGGAGACCACGGAGGCCACCAAGCCUGCCACCACCGGCCCCUCCAAGGACACUGAGACCGCUCCCGUUCCCACCAACGGCGAGACCGCCUCUUCUGCUCUCCCCUCCAUCUCCAUCCCCGCGGAGUCGACCACUGCUGAUGUUCCCUCCGUUACCAAGCCUGCCGAGACCCCCAUUGUCUCCAAGCCUACUGAGGAGACCACCGGCGGCGUUGUUCCCUCCGUCUCCAAGCCUGUCGACGCUUCCGUUCCCACCGUCCCCAUCAACGGCACCCAGCCCGCUGAGACCGUCCCCGCGACCGUUCCCGUUCCUGAGACCAAGACCACUGUCUACGACACCACCUCCACCGUCUACACCACCCGCGUCGAGACUGUCACCUCCUGCGCUCCCGAGGUCACCAACUGCCCCGCCAAGUCCCACGCUGUUGUCACCGUCACCGUCCCCGUCUCUACCACCAUCUGCCCCGUCACCGAGACCUUCGUCCACACCCCCGGUGUUCCCUCCAAGCCCGCUGCUACCCAGCCCGCUGGUGUUCCUUCCCAGGGUGUCUCUUCCCAGAAGCCCGUCGCCUCGGUCACUGUUCCCGCUGGCCCCGUUGAGACUCUUCCCUGCCCCGAUGUCGUUCCCCAGUGCUUGAGCACCUGGAUGUUCUCGUCCGGCUGCACUGACAACUCCGACAUCCACUGCUUCUGCCCCGACUCCAAGUUCGUCGAGAACGUCUUCUCUUGCAUCUACUCCUACGGUGCCAGCGACGAGAUCAUCUCCAAGGCCACUCAGUUCUUCCAGGGUAUCUGCGCUGCUCACAUCCCUGAGAACCCUGCCAUCGUCACCGCCCCUGCCACCAUCACCACCGCCAUCACCGUCUCGGCCACCAAGCCCGCUGCCACCAACCCUGCCGAGUACACCACCGUCACCGUUGACAAGACCAUCGUCGUCCCCUGCGUCACCUCCGGCACCACCGUUCCCGGCUCUUCCACCACCGCCAUCAUCAAGACCACCCUCGAGGUUCCCCACGUCUCCUUCGCCACCAACUCCGCUUCGGUUGUUGUUCCCGUCCCGGCUCCCUCUGCCCCGGCUGGAACUCCCGUUGCUCCCGGUGCGACUGCCUCUUCCCAGGCCCCGGUUGCUCCCUACCCUACCACCCCCGCCGUUGGCGCCAGCAAGACCAUUCCCGUCGGCACUGGCGGUGCUGCCGUCCCUACCACCACUGGCGUCGUCGUCGCCGGUGCUGGCAAGACCACCUUCGGCCUUGGUGUCGUCGUUGCCAUUGCUGCCCUCGCUGCCUUCUAAGCUGGGUAACAUGGCUGCUUUCUCUGCCCUUCUCUACUAAGAUGAAACUUACUUGAGCGCGGAGGAGAGAUGCCAACCCCAAGAUUUUCUUACUGUAUCAAGUCGCUGUACGCACACACAAAUCUGUAAUCUACAAGCCCGCAAUUUUACAUAUUAUUCUUACGAUCCUUACGAAACAAACACAUUGCUUAGGUGGUUUUUAUAGGUCUGGAAAACAUUCGGUGUUAUCACAUAGGCUUAUAUCCCACAUUUACCUCCAUUUGGCCGCGAUUCUUUUUAUAGAGCGCAUCAGAAACAAAAAAGGGUGUUGGAAGAUUUUUUUAUACCCCUUGGCUUGUUGGUUUAAUACUUAAUUAGCUAGUUCCUUUCGAGAGGAAUACAAAUGCGCUCUCCAAUGA